AAAGUCCCAGGCACUGGAGAUGCCAGGUUUGGUGUGCUCAGACACCCGGACACACAGAUCCCAGGGCCCUCGUAUGGACCCUGCCCCUCCCUUCCAUUGUCCAGGGCUGUCCACUCCACUUCUCCAGGCUUCAGGCCCUUCCUUAGCCUGGGAUCUGCACGGCACUGAGGAACCUGGGAGUCAGAUUUUGAGACCUUCACACCAGCCCGAUAAUGACGAAGGAAUACCAAGAUCUCCAGCACCUGGACAAUGAGGAGAAGGACCACCACCAGCUCCGAAGAGGGCCGCCUCCUCCCAGGCCGCUGUGCCAGCGGCUCUGCUCCGGGCCCUGCCUGCUGCUGCUCUCCCUGAGCCUCAGCGCCGCGCUGCUGGUGGUCAUCUGUGUGAUUGGAUCCCAAAACUCUCAGCUGCAGAAGGAGCUGCAGGCCCUGAAAGAGACCAUCCACAACUUCACGGGGAGCACGGAGGCUGAGGUCAAGGCCCUGAGCAGCCAGGGGGGCAGCGUGGGAAAAAAGAUGAAGCUACUCGAGUCCCAGCUAGAAAAACAGCAGCAGGACCUGCGUGAAGAUCACUCCAACCUGCUGUUCCACGUGAAGCAGUUUGUGUCCAGCCUCCGAAGCUUGAGCUGUCAGAUGGCCGUCCUGCAGGGCAAUGGCUCGGAGACCCUCUGCUGCCCCGUUAACUGGGUGGAGUUCCACGGCAGCUGCUACUGGUUCUCCAAGUCGGGGAAGCCCUGGCCGGAAGCUGAGAAGUACUGCCAGCUGGAGAACGCCCACCUGGUGGUGGUCACCUCCUGGGAGGAGCAGAGGUUUGUCCAGCACCACACGGGCCCUGUGCAGACCUGGAUGGGCCUCACUGACCAAGAUGGACCCUGGAAGUGGGUGGACGGGACUGACUAUGAGACAGGCUUCAAGAACUGGAGACCACUGCAGCCGGAUGACUGGUAUGGCCACGGGCUGGGAGGGGGCGAAGACUGCGCCCACUUCACCCCCGACGGCCGCUGGAAUGACGACGUGUGCCAGCGGCCCUACCGCUGGGUGUGUGAGACCGAGCUGAACACGACCAGCACGCAGCCUCCUCCCGCCUGAUUUAUUUGCCGCCGCCCUGAGCGACUGAGGCCUGGCACUGGGCUCCUCCUCUCCGGGGGUCUCUGCAUGCUGGGAGAUUGUAUCUACGGCUUUAAGGGGAGCGAGAAGAAGGGGGCUGAGACGUGUGCGAUGCUUGAGGUUUGGAGGGGAGGGGAGGGAACCAUGGACUGGACACUCUGCAGUUUAUUACUGUCAGCUUUUUUUUAAAGUAAAAGAAAGAGAAAUGUAUUUCA